AUGGCGACGACUCAAGAAGUGAAACUGUUCGGAAAGUGGACGUUCGAUGACGUUGAGAUCAACGACAUCUCGUUGGAGGAUUACAUUGCGGUGAAGCCGAAGUACGCGGUGUACGUGCCGCACACCGCGGGUCGAUUCGCCGCCAAGCGUUUCCGCAAGGCGCAGUGCCCGAUUGUUGAGCGCUUGGUGAACUCGCUCAUGAUGCACGGUCGUAACAACGGUAAGAAGUUGAUGGCUGUUCGCAUCGUGAAGCAUGCGAUGGAGAUUAUUCACUUGCUCACCGACCAAAACCCGGUGCAAGUGAUCGUCGACGCCAUCAUUUACGCUGGUCCGCGCGAAGACGCGACGCGAAUCGGUUCUGCGGGUGUGGUUCGCCGUCAAGCGGUCGAUCUCUCCCCGCUCCGCCGCGUGAACCAAGCCAUCUACUUGUUGACCACUGGUGCCCGCGAAUCCGCCUUCCGUAACGUCAAGACGAUUGCCGAGUGCUUGGCCGACGAGUUGAUCAACGCCGCCAAGCAGUCGAGCAACUCUUACGCGAUCAAGAAGAAGGACGAAUUGGAACGCGUCGCGAAGGCUAACCGAUAA